ACUAUUCGCAGUGUGGACGACUGUGGAGUGUGGUCAGGCUCAGUGUGGUCUAGCCGUUAAUUCUGUAAUGUGUGCUAAAAUUUUGGUAAAACUUCCAUUACAAAUUGUAGGCAGCGCACUCGGCGGCGGUCAAGGAGGUGGUUACGGGGGCCGCGGGCUCGGUGGCGCACCUGGCGGAGCUAACAAUGCCCAAGCCACUAGCGUUACCAACGUACUGGGAAACAAUAACCCUGUAAACGUAGCCAGUAACGCUGCCUCCGGAGCCACUGCCGCUGCGGGCGGAUCCGGCAACAAUGCCGUUUCCACUGUUGCCACCGCAGCGAGUGGUAUUGGCGGGGGAGCUGGUGGCGCAGCCGCCGGAUCCGCGGGCGCCGCAGCCGGUAACGCUGCCAACGUUGCCGCUGGCGCUAUCGCCGGAGCAGGUGGUGCCGGCGCCGGAGCUGCCGGAGCUGCUGGCGGUGCUGCCGGAGCCCCCAGAGGGUCGUGUUAAUCCUGGAAACGAGCCAUGACCUUAUGAUUCAUGAAUAAAUGUUUGCAAAUUGA